CGUUCGUUCGCGUGACCUCUGCCUGGGGCAGUGACUGGCUCCCUGGGCUGGGGAGGGGGAGGCGGAGGGAGUGUGCUCGUGCGUUUCAGGACACGUCCCCUCCGGAGGCGCCCCCGCCCAUCUGUGCGUCUCGGGACCCGACGCGGGAGGGGGGAGGCGGGAGGAGGCCUGGACAGUGUCAGUCAGCCUGGAGAAAAAGUCCCCCGGGGUUCCGGCUGCGUCCCACCUGCCGGCGACUGUGUUGGGGCGCAGAUCGUGCCGAUAAGCGGAGUGAAAGCAGAGCGUAGCGCUGUCUCGCCUGCCAUUCUGUCGGAGGAGUUCAGAUGUGUUCUAAGCCUGCUGGAGUGACCACACUUUCAAGAGCUGAUGGAGGCCAGAGCUCAGAGUGGCAGUGGGUCGCAGCCCUUGCUGCAGGUGUCCCGUGAUGGAGGCAGGCAGCGCGGGGAGCCGGACCCCAGAGAUGCCCUCAGCCAGCAAGUCCACGUGUUGUCCCUGGAUCAGAUCAGAGCCAUUCGGAACACCAAUGAGUACACAGAAGGGCCCACGGUGGUGCCGAGACUGGGGCUCAAACCUGCUCCUCGCCCCUCCACGCAGCACAAACACGAGAGACUCCAUGGCCUGCCUGAGCACCGCCAGCCACCCAGGCUCCAGCACUCACAGGUGCACUCCUCAGCACGGGCCCCUCUGUCCAGGUCCGUUAGCACGGUCAGCUCAGGGUCGCGGAGCAGCACCAGGACGAGCACCAGCAGCAGCUCCUCAGAACAAAGACUGUUGGGCUCCUCCUUCUCCUCGGGGCUGGUUGCUGAUGGGAUAAUCCGAGUGCAGCCCAAGCCUGAGCUCAAACCAGGUGAGCUUAAGCCACUGAGCAAGGAAGAUUUGGGCCUGCAUGCCUACAGGUGUGAGGACUGUGGCAAGUGCAAGUGUAAGGAGUGCACCUACCCGAGACCCCUGCCAUCGGACUGGAUCUGCGACAAGCAGUGCCUUUGCUCAGCGCAGAACGUCAUUGACUAUGGGACCUGUGUGUGCUGCGUGAAAGGUCUUUUCUAUCACUGUUCUAACGAUGAUGAGGACAACUGUGCUGACAACCCCUGUUCUUGCAGCCAGUCUCACUGCUGUACCCGAUGGUCAGCCAUGGGUGUCAUGUCUCUCUUUUUGCCUUGUUUAUGGUGUUACCUUCCAGCCAAGGGUUGCCUUAAGUUGUGCCAGGGGUGUUACGACCGGGUGAAUAGGCCCGGGUGUCGUUGUAAAAACUCCAACACAGUUUGCUGCAAAGUUCCCACUGUCCCCCCCCGGAACUUUGAAAAGCCAACAUAGCAUCAUCAUUAAUCAGGAAUAUUACAAUAAUAACGAUUGUCCCCCUCCCCCACCUUUUCUUUUUAACAUACAUAUGCAACCAACUAAGCAGUGCUAAUCUCCGCACAGUUAAUAGAGAGUUGGGAUAUUCUUUGCUGUUUGCAGUGGGAAGUGUGUUUGUCCAUGUGCCAUUUUAACAGAUAGCUUGGUAGCACUCAACUCCUGGAGUUCCAAGAAUGGGAUACAGAACUUGGUGACGUAUACAUUACAUAAGCUAAAGCAACAGACACUCCUUAGGUAGAGUUUUGGGUUUGUGAAUAAUACUUGCAAAAUUUGUAAAUUAGAAAAUGACCUUUUUCAUUGUCUUCUCCAGAGAUAAUGUGCUCUAUUUUUGUAUAUACAGUAAUAUUUGCAACUGUGAAAAAUAAGUUGUGCCAUACAAGGCACAGUCACAAAAUAUUAUACUAAUAUGUUGUACAUUCGGAAGAAUGUGAAUCAAUCAGUAUGUCCUUAGAUUGUAUUUUGCCUUACAGAAAGCCUUUAUUGUAAGACUCUGAUUUCCCUUUGGACUUCAUGUAUAUUGUACAGUUACAGUAAAAUUCAGCCUUUAUUUUCUAAUUUUUUCAACAUAUUGUUUAGUGUAAAGAAUAUUUAUUUGAAGUUUUAUUAUUUUAUAAAAAAAAAGAAUAUUUAUUUUAAGAGGCAUCUUACAAAUUUUGCCCCUUCUAUGAGGAUGUGAGUGUUGCUGCAAAAGAGGGGUUACAGAUGCAUAUGUUCAAUAUAAAAUAGAAAAUAUAUUAACGUUUGAAAUUAAA